AAGUCGCUGACGUAGAGUCAUCGCGAGACGGCAAUAAGACGUCCCGAGUCUUAGCAGGUCUUCGGGCAUACUUCCGAGACAGCCUGCAGGGUGUGCAAGGGUUACGUUAGUUCCAGUCUGCGGGACAUGUGCGCGAUACGCACGUCGACUCUGUGAGUGCGUGAUUGCAACCCUCGUCCGGCCACGAAGCCCUGAAGAAGCGGGACUAUGUUGCCGUUCGAAACCAACAAAAUGAUGUGUCUCGUAUCCACGGCGUGUCUUUUAGCAGCCGUCCAGCUGACACGUGCUGCGUCUUGUCCGGAACCUUCGAGUGUCGACGUGGUCGACGUCGGCAGCGACUUUGUCACGUUCAGAUGGAAUGCGACGGAGCACCUUCCGAGCCCCCUGCACUGCGCGUGUGGCUUUCCGGGUGUCUACGCGAACGUCUGUUCGGCGGACGCCAAUUCUUCGGACUGCAGCGAAGGCGUCACGGGUCUCACCACCACUCAGCUGAACCUGAGGCCCGGCUACACCCACACGGUCUGCGUGCAGACGCAGUGCUCGCCGACCAAUUUUUCAUCGCCGGUUUGCAGGACUGUCCGCACCUUGGCUUCAGAACCUGCGAAAAAAGUCCCCCACCUAGAAGUUUCAGCGGGUGGUACCAAGAAAUUGGAAGCCUUUUGGACGAACAUUCGCGACGCUGGUGACAGUAACGAAGACGUUGUGAAGCACUAUGAGGUGUCGUGGUGGAAGCGCGGACCCCGCCAGGACAGCGCGCCCGCCGAGGGCAAGACUACCGCACUCACCAACGGAUCCUCUAUAACAGUGGACCAGCUGAAGCCCCACACCACUUACGCCGUCCAGGUUGUCGCGGUCUGGCAAAGCGGCAACACCACGGUGCGACGCCCGUCGAAGAUCGCUACAACUACGACCUAUCCAGAAGGCCUCGUACGCGUGUCUGACGUCACCCUCUCGACCACCAAUCGAAAGCCUUCUCUGUGCGACGUGUCCGCCAAAUGGACUGUGACGGCCCCAGACCCGGAGGCAGUCGAACACCACGAAUACCGAGUCACUCUAUGCGUGGGUUCUCAAGCACUCGCUGACGAAGGCUGCCUCAACACGAUGGUCCAGGGCGGUCGCACAAAAGUGACCUUCCCUGGAGUGCGAAAUUUCGCCACUCUUUUUGCCUCUGUGCGACCGGUUUUUAAAAUUCCGGGUAAUGAAUUCGAAGGCGAAGCCAGUGUGACACUAGGUACGAGUUGGACACCUGAGCUUCCGAGAGUCGAAGAUCUGGUCGUCAGCGAGGUGACUGGCAAAUCAGCUCGCGUUUCCUGGUCGAAGCUGGCAGAGCUCGACGGCGUCGCCGGUGCUCACUACCGCGUUGGGCUGAGCGCGAACGAAAAUCGAAGGCCUGCAGAGGACGCUGGGACAAACGUCGUCGAAGAACAGCUACUGGAUGCCGGUGAGGGUGUCCUGGAACAGUACGUGGUGCGAGAAGUCCCUGCGAGUAAUGGCGGCUUGGACCUUGUAGACUUGAAGCCGUGGACGAAUUACGCGGUCACCGUCACGCCAGGAGUCACAGCGAUCGGAGUCGCUGCAGUGGGUGAGAGCGCUAACACAGCCUUCGAAACGCCAGCCGAACCCCCGAGCAAACCCCGGAGCGUGUCCGUUGUGGAACGCGAAGGCACUCGCUACCUGACCUGGCUCCCUCCGGAAUCGUGGAACGGACCCCGGACCGGCUACGAAGUCAGUGUCGCCUGCGUCGAGGAUAACGUCAGGACCAGCAGACCCAGCGUAGUGCUGAGCCCCGAGGCGACGGAACUCGUGGCUCCCAGCGUCAGCCCGACCAAGUCUUGCACUUUGGGCGUCCGUGCUUUCAACGUCUACCGCGGGGAGUCCCUAGACGGAGACGUUGUAUGGGUCCGCCUCACACCUACCAGGAGUGAGGACGUGGCGGUGACUCUGCUGUCUUCGAAUGAAGCGUGAGCCCGUGGCAAUCUCCGUUAGUGCGCCCAGCCAUCUUGAACGACCGAAGUGGCUGGACGAAUGUAAGGUUCAAUAAAACUGACGGGUAAACGACUUAAAGGAUCAUAACGUUGUGAUGGUCGCGUCUCGUUACACUUGAAAAAAGAAUGUGCACCACCGGGGGCAACUGUACGCACUGCGGUGUGAAGUGUGAGGCAGCGAGAAAGAUGGUAGCGUUCCCUACCUCUUUACCCACUUUUUACCCACACUCCCCUUUCCCACCUCUUAUAUACUAUAAUAUACUACGCCCAUUUCAACUUCUUACCUCCUCCUUUUCCUCCUACUCGCCUUCUAUUCUCUUCCCUACCCCUUGCUACACUGUACUGCAUACACUCUUUCCACCACGCACACCACAUCAUGAAUACGCUUUUCGUAGUCUGCUAGCCGCAUUUUUGUCGGUUAUGCUAGCAUGUCCAGCUUGUCAAUGUCCAUCUCAAUUAAAUAUUGGUGCAUAAAUUAGAAAUUGAGUAGAAAAACAGUUUACCUUUGAGCUGUUUCUUCGAGAAAACUUUAAAGAAGGAAGUAACUUAAAAUGCAGGAUAAGUCACUGUCUCACGUGGCAAUACUUCUCCCAAAGGUACACCACCGUGCCUCCACCACGUGGCGUUCCGACUGGCUGCGACAUAGCGGCGAGCUUUAGCGGGUAGAAAAAAAUGGUCGCGAGAAGCGAUCGAGCUUGCCGCCUUGUUUUCCUCCCGCUUUCGCCGCCUGGAGAGGAGGUUUUCCACGCGGUCCGCAUCGCCGCUUUGGCCGCGUCGCCUUCGGUAUGAACGAGCCUUUGUCCAUGUCACAGUCCGCGCUUCAAUUUCCUAAAAUGUGUUUUCACCAGCUAGCUCGUCUUUCAGCUUGACUUCAGUUGUACUAUACUGUACCACGGCCGGGCUAGACUGCACCUGUGCGCUCUUGGUGAAGUCUAGUCUGGCCAUAACUGUACGUGGUUAGGUAUGCUCUCUCUUCUUCCUCUGUUUUCAUGUUUCUUUUUUUUUCUUCGACUGACUGUGUCUCGAUCUGUCUCUUUCUCUCUCUGUUUCUCUCUCUUUCCGUACCUCUGUCUGCAACCAUUCUCUCGCCCAUCAGAGUUUUUGCAUCCCUCGCCGGACAAACUGGCGCACGUGUUAAAGCAGUGAAGCAGAAUAUGAAGCGGUAGAAGAUGAAGACGGCAACGAAGAGAGUGCGCGUGCCAAUUCAUAAUGAUGAUAGUCUUGAGUUCACACCACGAGGCAAUGUGGGUUACAAGUUGCGUCAGUUAAAUGGGACGCCGCGUCACCGACCCGCAGCCCAGGAAAAUGAACUUCAUGAAAGAGCAAAACCCUGCGCUCAUUUCCUAAUUGGUCGGAUGUUCUUCCAUCUCACUGUAUUUGACGUGGGAGUCAGCGCAGCCACAAGCGGCAGGUCGGUGCAAUAUUAUUCGAUGCGCUCUCUGAAGGGCCACGCGCAAAAAAAAAAAACAGAGUAAUCAAAUGCAUGUUAACAGGAAACUGGAAGCCUAUAUUUUACUUUUAUUCGCUCUUUGAUGUCUCUAAACGCGGAAACGCCCUCAUUAUUCGCACCCACCUGUGCUAUUGUCGCGUAAAGAAUAGAAAUAUGGCUCUUGCGUUGCGGAAAUGUUUAAGCCGGCCACUUCCUGUUUCUUCAUAAAAAGUACCGGAAAGUGUUUAGACUCUAUAUUAUAUAUUCAGUGCGGCAUCUUCCCGAUUCACCGCAGGCGUUCUACUUUAGCGCGUAAAGCGACUAACGUUUUCGUUACAUGAAUUAGAACUUCAACAUCGCAACAAUAUUAAACCCUCCCACUUUCCCGUCUCAUACUCUUUUCUCUUGUUCCUUAUAUUUGCUUGCUUUUUCGAAAUAAAACUUCAGUUGAUCA